GUUGUACAGAGAGGGACAGGCGGACAGUCGGUCCGCACUGGAGCCGCUAUCAGCCACGGGACUUGAGAGAAAUGUCCACAAUGUUGACAGAAGAGUAAAACGUUUCUUUUGUUCCGGUUUACACACGCUGAGAAACCAAUGAAUGGAGUUACUUUUUGCCUUGUUGGGAUUCCACCUCACUCAGACACUGAAGCUAAAGGGCGGAGAGAUGGCAUGGUGUCGUCCAAUGAGAACAGACGCCGACCGCUGUCGUCGGGUGAGGUGGAGGGCGUGUCGUGGCAGGGCCCACGGACCAUUUUCCUCCAGAAGAACUCACAAGGAUUCGGCUUCACUUUGCGCCACUUCAUCGUUUACCCACCAGAGUCCUCGGUCCACAGCCUCAAGGAUGAAGAGAACGGAAACGCUACUGGAAAAGGUGGCCAGCGGCCUCGUCGUUUUGGAGGCCAGAUCCGGACACCAUCUUUGAGGACUCUCUCCUCCUCUGAUGCAGACAGGGCGGGGGUAGACUGGGGCCUGGGUACCAUCCCCCCCUCACUGUCAGCAGGGCUGCUUCUGUUGCUGGGGCUCCAGAUGAGGUUCACCUGUGAUGACAACCUUGCAGAUGAACCCACCAGUCCUAGUAUUGACGUACAGGCCUACUAUGUACCAGCCUGCUCUGUGGUGUCCAGUUCCCAGGCCUCCGCUAUGGCCACCCUCACUUCCACCUCUGUCUCCCCCACCCUCUCCUCCAUCUCCCCCUUUGUCCGACUUCGUUCUCAGGACUGCAGCAGUAUUAAAAGUCGCCGCUCCUCUUACCUGCUGGCCAUCACCACCGAGAGAUCCAAGUCCUGUGACGAGGGUCUCAACACCUUCAGGGACGAAGGCCGUGUCUUCUCCAAACUACCAAAAAGGGUCAAGAGCUUUUUCACUGAUGGGUCUCUGGAGAGCCUGCGAGCCCAGGAGGAGGCCCGGUCCAAGCGCCACUCCACUUCUGAACUGGGAACCAUCACCUUUAGUGAUGUGCGCAAGGAGGGCUGGCUGCACUACAAACAGAUCCUCACAGAGAAGGGAAAGAAAGUAGGUGGUGGCAUGCGUCCAUGGAAGCGCGUCUUCUCCGUGCUUCGCUCCCAUUCGCUUUUCCUCUACAAGGACAAGCGAGAAGCCGUCCUUCACGGGGCGGGGGCGGGGCCCAGCCAGGAUGAACAUCCUCCAAUCAGCAUCCGCGGCUGCCUGAUCGACAUCGCGUACAGUGAAACCAAGCGUAAGCACACCCUGAGGCUGACCACGCAGGACUUCUGCGAGUACCUGCUGCAGGCCGAGGACAGGGACGACAUGCUGGCCUGGAUCAGGGUCAUCAGGGAGAACAGCAAGACCGACAAUGAGGAGAUUGGUUUCUCAAGACAAGCUCUCAUCAACAAGAAGCUGAAUGACUACAGAAAACACAGUCUGACAGGUAAUAAGCCAGACUCCUCUCCCAGAGCCCAUCGUAUGAUGCCUCCCUUCCUCCUGGCUAAGACUGACAACGCCUUAGUGAACCGAGCCCCGAGAACUGAUGACAACAAGGCGCUGUGGGGCAUCAACAUCAUGAAGAAGGCCAAGAAGACAGGCAGCCCGAAGGCUUUUGGUGUGCGACUGGAGGACUGUCAGCCAGCUGUCAACCAUAAAUUUGUCCCUCUGAUCGUGGAGAUGUGCUGCGGCGUGGUUGAGGGGACAGGUUUGGAGUACACCGGUAUUUACCGGGUGCCGGGGAAUAAUGCCAUGGUGUCCAACCUGCAGGAGCAUCUCAACAAGGGCAUGGACAUCAACACUGCUGAGGAGAGAUGGCAGGACCUGAAUGUAAUCAGCAGCCUGCUCAAAUCCUUCUUCCGAAAACUGCCUGAGCCACUGUUUACUGAUGACAAAUACAAUGACUUCAUUGAUGCCAACCGGAUAGAAGACGCAGAGGACAGGCUGAAGACUAUGAAGAAACUGAUCCAUGACCUCCCAGAUCACUAUUAUCACACCCUUAAGUUCCUGGUGGGCCACCUCAAGAAGGUGGCAGAUCACUCUGAGAAGAAUAAGAUGGAGCCGAGAAACCUGGCUCUGGUUUUUGGUCCCACUCUGGUGAGGACGUCAGAGGACAAUAUGACUGACAUGGUCACCCACAUGCCCGAUCGCUACAAAAUAGUGGAGACGCUUAUCUUGCACCAUGACUGGUUCUUCAGCAAUGGAGAGUUUGAUAAGGAAGAGAAGGCCCCAGAGGAUAAGCGGGACAUGCAGCCUGUGCCCAACAUUGACCAUCUGCUGUCUAACAUUGGCAGGCCAGGCAUGCCAGGAGAGGCAUCAGAUUCCACCACCAGCGAUUCACUUAAGUCAAAGCUUUCUUCGGGCUCCAAGAAAGACCUGAAUGCCAGAGACUUCCUGCCCAUGUCCAUCAUCUCUGCUGUGACCCGCAAACGUAAAAAAUGCCUCAGUACCCACCUGCAGGGCAGCAGUGCUGAUGAAGACUCCGAGCAUGAGCCAGUCAAGGCCAGCAACUGCAGGGGAGAAGGAGUUGAAGGCGAGGAGGAAGAGGAUAGAGGGGAGGAAGAGGCAGUCAAGGGAGAACAUACAAUUCCUAAAAAAGAAAAAAGGGAUGAAAAGGAAAAUGGGGUGAAAGCUCCAGAGACGACAGAAGGAAAAGAUUCAUUGGCGGGAGAUGAAGAGGCUGAAAAGGAUGUGGGAAGCGAAACAGGCAAUGACGCAAAAAAGUUAGAAAGGGAGAACAGGCAGAGAACGACCAUGAUGGGCAAUGCACCGCAACUUCGUCCGAACAGUUUCCUCUGCUCCCACCAUCAGAUCCAUGCCACAUACCCAAGACCCCCAGCUGUGACUAAUCCUCCUUCCCAUUUGAAGUCUCACAAUCUCGCGAGACGCCCCACAGUCCCUUUCUGGAUCUGCCCCACCAGGCUUCCCAACCUCUACCAGGCUUCCAGCUUUCACGGGACCCAGCAGCCAGACUGGAACCAGUCAGCGCCAGUCCGCUACAGGAAGACCAGAGGUGGGAGGACAAGGGCUAUGUCCAUGAAUCUGGACCUUGAGAGUGAGGACAGAGUCAGAGGUUGGAGAGCAGAGAGGGUGGAUGUGACCAAAGUCAAUGAGGGAAGUCAGCACAGGAGUGUUGGGGUUCCUCAGGGAUCAACUGUAGGUCAAAGGUCAAUUCAGCAAAUAGAUCCCCUCCCUCGUAUCGCCCAGGAGGCACCCCCUCUGUUCUCCUCCUCCUCAGGCUGGAUAGAUCAGAGCUCCCCGGGAUCUUCCACUGUGGUACUGAGGAGAUCUGCCCUGGACCCACGGGACAAGACAAGAGCGUGGCGUCGUCACACAGUGGUAGUUUAACCCGACUGUUUCAUCUACUAAUGCAGUACCUAGCACUCGCCCUUUACUCACACACACUGGAUCUGUGUCACUGCUUCUAAAGCCAAGUGUUGUGUUGCUUUAGGGACCUUAAGUUGGAGACGUGAUCUCGUGGUAAAGGAAUUCUUUGACAUUGUGUGCAGUUGUAGAGUUUCAUUCCAAAAUUAGAUAACCAUUAUUUGAAAACUCUGAAACUCACUGAAAACAAUAUUGAAGUUCCACUAUUCAACUACUUUUAAGCUGUUCAUCUUUAAUCCUUUACUUACAAAAUAACUGUAGAUGUAGUUAUCCAUGUCCUUAUAUAUUGUGCAAAGAGGGUUGCACACAGGAAUUGAGAUAGAAUUUCCUGGUAUUUCCCGGAAACUCUCCCCAGUAUGUGAUCCUGUUUCCCAGGAAAAAUACCUGUGGGAUCGGUCAUUUAUACUUGCGUAUUCACGUACUACACUUCCACACAUCAGUUGUAGAUAUAGUCCAACCCUGAACUGCCAUGGUAAAGUUCAUCUGUGAGUCUGAAAUAGGUGGUGCUAGAAGCUUGGCGAGAGGAUUUGUACUCACAAGGGCUAGGUGGUGAACUGAUGGAGCUGGCAAGCAAACUUCUAGCACAGUAACCAGGGACAUGCUAAUGUCAGUCACAAUAGUUCUUACUAAUUGACUGUUAGCUUUAUCAUUAACAGGAAAACACAGUUUGUAACCAUCUACAAACCCUUUUGUGGAGUAUUUGACUCCUGCACAGUUUGUUAUUGGUCUGUGGUGCAAAUUCAAGUAUUGUAGUUUCAAAGGUUUACUUUACAAAUUCACUGAUCUCAAUAAUUCCAUUUAAAUGAAUUGAUUUUGCUACAAGAUGCUGCCAUUUAAAAUGCUGGUGUGACCGGGCCUGUACAGAAAUAUAAUUGGGUGCACUUUUCACCCAGAGAGGUUUCAUCCAAUAACUUUUCAAACUAGAGUUUAGCUGUGUGGUUCUCAAACUGGGGAUCAUAGAGCCACUGUAAGGGCGUGGAUGACCAGGGGAAAAAUAUGAGAAAAACUAAGUUAAAGCUUAUCCUAUCAUGCUGACCUCUAUUUAACUAAAAUUCAACUUGGAUCCUUUGUUAUUAGUUGCUAAGUUUAUCAUUCGUAAUGAUAAAAAUGGUGGGGUUCUGAAAGAGGGGGCAUGCCAGGAGUGGUUUGACAACCACUGGAUUAAGUGAACAAAGCAGAAUGCAAAACCUGUCAAAUAAAGUUAUGCCGUAAUCCAACAUAUCAAAAAAAGAGAACUACAGUCAGUUGAUGAGCAGUGAAAUGUUGAAAGCAGACGUUCAUCCUAACAUUACAACUGAAGGUCCAAGAAGAACGGUGCAUCCUGAACAUGCUGUAUCCUCAGGUCUGCUCCCUGAAGAUGGUCAUGGUAAUCACUCGGAUGCAGAACUGGUCAUAGGAAAUGCUGAGCAAACAGACUCCCGAGGUAUGGUUGGCUUUGUGUUGUUCCCCCCCAGAGGUGGGGGAAGAAGUUCUUUUAAGAGGAUAUUAAGUAUCCACAGUUCUGUUUUUAAAAUCAAACUUGAUAUAAGGUGAGAAAUCCAGGGAAUGCUAUAUCCAGGAAGUAAUCUUUAUAAAAUGACAAGAAAA